AGCGGUUUGAAACAGUACUACAACCACAACCACAACAAAGUUUUUAAGUAGUACUUGCCGUGACUCAUAUGAAUUUACCAGCGACAUUCAGCGAAACGGAAAUGGGAUUUGCCUAGCGACGUGUGACAGAAGCUCUCUCUUCAUAUUGCUUCAGUAGUAGGUGCUUCAAACAUACUUUUUAGUCGCAUCCGAAUUACGGCCGACCUCAGAAAGAGUUUUUUCAUAGCGCUACUAGGUGAUAGAUACUUUAUUUUCGUUCUCUAUGCAUCCUGUUGCUCCACCUGAAUGAGUACAUUUGUCUCGAAGAGGACGGUAUACGUUUUCCUUUUCACAAGAGUAAUAUUUGACCUUUUCCCCGCAUCUUUUUUUGACAUUUUACAACGCGACAAUUACCACGAAAAUUUUUCACGUUUAAGCGACAAUAAAGUAGUCACCACAUCACGACCUCCCUCCACCAUAACUGCUUACGCAUUGCAACUAAGACCCCGCAACGUCGCAGCCAGGACCUCGCGAAGGAUUUUGUUGACCAAGCGCUCCCCCGGUGGAGUCGGAUCUACUGCAGGAACCGGAUCGUCCCCGAGCACCUCUAGAAACCAUCUCCGCAGUAGUGCCUCAUCAUCCCAGCAGCAACACAGAAGCCUCUUGAGACACGACACCGAAAUGGCGGACCCGAACAGUGGGAAUAACAAUGCUGGGGGUAACCAGAAGGACAGCCUGAUAGACGGAAAUAUGGAGCAGGAUGAGGAUGACAAAUCGCAAUCCUCCGGUUCGGAAGACGUGCAGCUGGGGUGGAUCAGUUGGUUUUGUUCCGUGCCAAGCCACGAGCUGUUUUGCGAGGUCGAUGAAGAUUACAUACGGGACAAUUUCAACUUAUACGGGUUGAGAAAUCGGCUACAGGUAUGGUUUUGACAAAUUUGCUCCUUUUGAUGAUUUGGUCUUUUGUCAUGCAGGGUCUCUAUGCGAAAAACAUUUUGUCAUGCUCAGUAUCCACCAAAAAAAUACCAGUAUUACGAUCACGCCCUGGAUAUGGUACUGAUGCCAGACGCCCCAGAUGAGGACGAUUUGCAGGACGCGGAUUUUUUGGAAGUCUACCGAGACGCACAGGAUCUGUACGGUUUGGUGCACGCGAGGUAUCAUAGUCGUAGAUGCUUGACAUGCAUGACAGGAUGGGUUUCUGAUGCGUUUUUCUGCAUGAGAAAAACCCUUUAGCACCGUGCAGUCAUCCUGGCUGUUCUUGCACAACAGUAACAAAACAUGCGAUCAGCACACAAAAAUCAUAUACCAGGUACAUUCUGUCCCCCCGGGGUCUGGAAGCUAUGCGAGAGGGCUACCAGUCUUCCAUUUUCGGCACAUGCCCGCGGGUAAAGUGCCACCAGCAACCCGUUCUGCCCGUCGGAACGUCGGACGAAUUGCGGGUGUCGAGGGUAAAAACCUACUGCCCAAAAUGUGAGCAGUUGUACGCGACAAAAUCUACCUACUCCGACAUAGACGGUGCGUAUUUUGGGACGAGCUUCCCCCACGUGUUUCUCUUGACGUAUCCGGAGUUGGUCCCGUUGGAGAGGCCAGAGCCCUAUGUUCCGAGGCUGUUUGGGUUCAAGUUAAAGCAGGAACACGGACUGAUAAGGAGAUGCUUGGCCCAGCAGGAAAAGGUAGUACUUGCUGUAGUUACUGAUAGAUUGAUGAUGACUGGGGGAUUGUGUCGCAAAUUUUGAAUUGGACCCAGGGUACCCGUAGGUGGAAUUUUUUUCUUCAAUGAUGUGCAUGAAGAUGUAAGUAAGUACUUCCUUAGCUACUAGGUAGAGCAUUUGGCAUUGCAUUCUUACAGCAUGGAGGAACGUCUUUGAAUCGAAAUCUGCGCAUGACAAACAAUUCUAUCAGGCUGAGGACGAGUGGCUUUUCAAGAACGGUUACAGUAUCAAGGACGUCGAAGAGUUUCGACAACAGGACGGCGCGCUCUCGAGGAUCCCCAACGACUCGGCGACGCAGGACGGAAGUAAUUUUCCGCUUUCCCACCAAACCAGCCCGGUGGUGCAGGGCAGUUUGAACGAACAAAACUUGAACUCUUUGAACAACACCGCCACGAACCCACCGGCGGGAAGCAGCAGCACUAUCGUUGGCGGCAACCCGGCGGGGGUCUUGCCUAGUAGUAGUGCGGCAGCAACGGCUCCUGCGGGAAACGUUGGAACAACAAACCCGGUUGUGCAGGGGGAGCAGCAAUAGUGUUGAUUCGGAGUUGAUGUGGGUCGUGUCGGAGAUUUGGAGGCUGAUGUAUGGCGACAUGGUAUUCAAAAAUCGAAAUAUUGAUGAUAAAGCUGGUAACCGAGAAUACAGCUGCCCACCACAUCAACACUGGCGACAAAUUACCUUUAAACACACACACAUCUUCACGGCUUGACUUGUUCUCGGGUUGUAUGUUUGGUGCCCGGAUGAAGAUGUUGAGCCGUGUAUUGACGUGCUCAAUUUGAAACCGACGAAGACAUUUUGCGACGAUUAUUUACGCUUGACGACGAAAAGCUUGGCUUAGCUUUUUCGUCUCUGAAUCUGACGACGCUGCGAUG